UGUUGGUUACCAUGACCACGGCGUUUUGGUACCUUAACUGCGAAGUAACUAGCUAGGUAGCUAGCUAGGGUAAGUUUCGGCUUGUUUUUUGGGAACUUAUCGACAAAUGAGUACUUUUUGAGAUGCGUCCACAUCCUGAGCUAAGUUUAUCAUUUAAAAGGAAACAGUAACAGUUUGUUAGUUUAGUUUCUUUAACGGAAAUUGACCGGAAGUAACGUUAGUCAAAAGGUGUAUGUAAAUUAGCCUAAUGUUAAUUAAUGUUAAGCUAACCGUCGUUGUGCUGUCUUAAAAUGGGAUAACGUGUGCCUGUGUGAUAGCUGAGAGUUCCGACCUACUUCCAGCAGCGGGAUGUUUAGGAAAACUGUGUGGAGGAACACAGUCAGUGAUGCAGUGAGUUUCCACCAAGACCAAGCCCUCAACACAACCAUAUUCCUCCUGAACUCCUUCGGCCCAACGGGGUUUCUGCUCAGAGAGGAGGGAGAGGCUAGAAACUUCAAGGUGUACUUGGGUGACCCACAUACGUGCACUUGCCCUGUGUUCACCAGGGAGCAGGAGCCAUGCAAACACAUCUGCUGGGUUUUACUGCGGAAAUUCAGACUGCCCAGAGGACAUGAAUAUUCAUUUCAGCAUGGACUUGUGGAGAGACAGAUCUUGGAGGUGCUCCAUGGUUUACACCAAACCAAAGACCCCCGGACGGAAAAUGAUUCUUCUGCUGCUGCAUGGACCCCGAGCCAGCCAGCCAUUGGCCAGGAGGCUGGAAGUGUCUGCCGGAAAGUGAUCCAAGCCCAGGAUGUGUGUCCUAUCUGUCAAGAAGAGCUGCUGGAGAAAAAACAGCCCGUGUCUUACUGCAGGUUCGGUUGUGGCAAUAAUGUCCACAUCUCUUGCAUGAAGGUGUGGGCGGAUCACCAGAAACUUUUAGACAAUGAAGAAACCGUGAAGUGCCCUCUGUGCAGGGAGGACUUCAGCUCCUUGAAGUUGCUCCAGGAGCAGGUGAAAAACGCAGCGAAGCUCUUCACUGCUGCUGAGAGAGAGAAGCCAGACAGACACCUGGGAGUCCUCUGCCACAGCUGCCGGGUCGGCCCUCUCACUGGCAGGUGUUUUAAAUGCACAGUCUGCAGGUACUUCUAUCUAUGUGAGGACUGCUCAAAGAAGGGCUGCCACCCACAGCAUCCAUUUGCGUCACGAAAGAAAAGGAGAGAAAAGUGGCACCUUGUGGCCAAGGACCCCAGUGAUGAACUGAGGGGAGCAACCUCUCACCCGCCGAAUGACAGCAUCAUCCCUCUAGCUGCAGACCCUUUACCUGAAAAUGUGUUGGGGUGUCUACCUACGGUCAAGGUGAGAUUGGGGUCCCGGCUCCUGGAUGUGGGACAGCAGUGUCGGAUCUGUCUGCUGGAUUUCAGCCUGGGCCAACGUGUCCGAACUCUGCCCUGCCAUCACAAGUUCCACACCGACUGUGUGGAUGGGAUCCUGCGGAAAUCAAACUCCUGCCCUUUGGAUGGAUAUGUCAUUUAUAACCCUUUGACUUGGACAGCCAGUGAAAGGAAGACCUCCCCUAAGUUGGCCUCCUGCCUUUCCAGUGACUGUGCCAAACGACCAGAAAAUAACUUAAAGGACCUUUUUAUUCCAGGAGUGGCACUGCGGGACAGGAACACUAAAGUCACUCCCUCACACGGUUCUCUGAACUUAGAGGUGCUAACGGGUUCUUCAGUAACUUUAAACACCCCACAAAAGUUAAUAACUGACCGUUUUCAAGGCUUGUGCAUUGAUACAGCCACUGUGAAAGAAGGAAAAAGAGAGUUGCAGAGAAAACAAUUUAAUCCUGAAAACGGCUCACCUUUUGAUCACCAAAGUAAAUCUGACUCAAGUGCACAUUUCUUAAAAAAGACGGCGACAGAACACAGCCCUGCUUCACCCGCAGUGAGAAAAAUCAGAGCGCAACCCCAGUUGAACCUUUUUGUAGGUUUGCAGAGACCUGAGUCAGACCACACAGCUACUGUGGCCUCUUCUGCCAGGCGAACUAGACUGCAACCCAAGAGGACAGGCACGCUAACCAUCAAAGAAACAAACAGCAGACUCAUUUCAGAGCUAACAAUGACUGGAGUUUUAAUAAACACACAGCAACAGAAGAAGACUUAACUGUACUGUUAACGCAGUGAAAGAAAUCAAAAAUGAUGUGUAACCCUUUAUACAAUAACGUGUAAAUCUGAAAUAUAUUUGACAUGUAGUGUUUGUGUCAUUUUGCUGAAAUGUAUUUUAUACAUAAUUAAAUAUGUACUUCACAGUUGGAGAAAAAAAUGACAAAAGCUUUUGAACAAUAAAUGGUAUCAAGUAA